AUGGAGCGCUCACAGUCUGAUACCCUCCCCCUCUCAAAUUCCGUCGAAAUUCCUCAGCUGGGCUUCGGCGUGUAUUUAUCCCCCCCCGAAGUCUGCGUGAAUUCAUGCCUCACUGCGCUCGAAGCUGGAUACCGCCACAUUGAUACGGCGCAGUACUACGGCAACGAGGCAGAGGUGGGCAAAGCUGUGCAACAGUCCAACGUUGAGAGAAAAGAUGUGUUUCUCACGACAAAGAUUCUCGAGGCAGCAGGAUCUGUGGAUUUGAGCUAUGCGAAAUGUGUUGAGAGCAUCAAGAAGCUGGACCCCGAAAGCGGCUACGUUGAUUUGUUUCUCAUUCACAGCCCGAAUCCCGGUGCUGCGAAGAGGAAGGAGAUGUGGCAGGCUCUGGAGAGGCUUUAUGAAGAGGGAAAGGCGAAGAGUAUUGGUGUGAGCAAUUUUGGCAUCAAGCAUGUCGAUGGAUUGAAGGAAUUCGCCAAAGUGUGGCCUCCUCAUGUGAACCAAAUUGAGUUGCAUCCCUGGUUGCAGCAGAGAGACGCAGUAUCAUACUGCGAAAAGAACAACAUCGCAGUAGAAGCCUACGCUCCUCUGGUGCGCAACCAAAAAGCCAACGACAAAACCCUCACCAGCAUCGCAUCAAAGCACAGCGUCACACCAAGCAAAGGUCUCAUCCGCUACUGUCUCCAAAAGAACUGGAUUCCCCUUCCCAAGAGCGACACGCCGGAGCGUAUCAGGGAUAAUGCGGAUGUUUUUGGGUUUGAGCUUGAUGAGAAGGAUAUGAAGGCUUUAGAUGAUCUUGAUGAGGGCGAUGCGGGUGCUAUUGUGCAAGCUGUAGAUAACUACUAA